ACAUCCGCCGUCUCAAAGCGUCCAAGUCGGACUUCACUUGCCACUUCCAAGACGACCAUGAAGACGGAGCUCACCAUCGACGACUCUGAAGAUGAGAUCGAGGUUGCUACUGCUUCUACCACUCUCACGCGCCGCCGCAUCACGAAAGGCGUCGUUGUUCUUCCACCUGCCUCGGCGUUGUACGACUCCAUUUUCAAGAAGCCUGCAACGAAGCGUCAAGCUCGCAGCCCAGACGACUCUUCCCUUUCCUCGAUCGCCAAUACAUCCCGCGACUCAUCCAUAGAGUACGACACACCUGGCACAACCCCAGCGACUUCCACUCGAGGAGUGUCCUCAGUCAGCAAGCGCAAGCGUUCGUCCUUGGGACGGAAAGAGCUCAAGAUCGAAGAUUCGGAGGGCGAAGAUGAUGAAGCGCUAGCUAUGCGUCUGCAAGAGGAGGAAUAUGCAGAGUCUGGUGCGGAGCCAGCGUCAAAGCGCACCAAGAUUGAUGAUUCGGAUGAUGAGAGCACGCUUGAGAGCCUUCUCAGCGACGCUGAGUCCCUCGAAUCAGCCCCUCUGCUGAAGAAGUCGGGCAAACAACCAGCAUUGAAGGGGAUGAAGGCGAUGGCGAAGACACCAACAGUUCGUGGCAAGAAGUCGGCGUUGCCAACACGCACGGCAAGCGCAGCUGCACGCUCUUCCAUCAAGCAGAAGAUCGAAGACAGCGAGGAAGACCUCAACAUCACUAGCAGUGGCGAUGAGUUUCUUGUCGAGGAUUCAGAAGAGGCCGCCUCUCUCAUGGAUAGUGACUCUGAGUCGGACGUCCCUCUGGCCGAUGUUGCGAGCGGAUCUGCUGCGGCAGUAACGUCACAGCGCGGAGGUGGUCCUACCCGUGGACGGCGGUUUGGCAACAUCUCUGCAGCUCGCGCUCGUCGAAUUGGCCGCGAUAUUGAGGCGCUCACCAUGGACAAGUCGGCUGCCCGCAAGGCUCGAGAACGCGCGAAGCUCGAAAAGGCUCAUCCUGUGAUCAAGACGAUGUGGAAGGAUCUUGAGAAGAUUCCAGUGCUCAAGCCUGUGGCAGCCGAACAGCCUGCAAGCAUCAAUCGCCGACUCAAGCCAUUUCAGCUCGAAGGUCUGAACUGGAUGAUGCGCCAGGAGAAGACUCAGUACAAGGGAGGUCUUCUUGGAGACGAGAUGGGCAUGGGCAAGACUAUCCAGGCAGUAUCUCUCAUCAUGUCCGAUUGGCCGCAAAAAGAGCCGACUUUGGUCGUCGUGCCGCCGGUCGCGCUGAUGCAGUGGUCGGCUGAGAUCACCGACUACACGGACGGAAAGCUCAACGUGCUCGUCUAUCACGGUCAGAACACCAAGAUCAAGGGCAUGAAGCCGAAGGAGCUCAAGAAAUUCGAUGUCAUUAUGAUCAGCUACAACUCUCUGGAGUCACUUUACCGCAAGGAGACCAAGGGCUGGACUCGCGGCGAGGACAUCAUCAAGGAGAACUCUCCCAUCCAUGCGAUCAAAUUCCACAGACUUAUCCUCGAUGAGGCGCACAGCAUCAAAUCCCGCACCACAGGAGUCGCAAAGGCCUGCUUCGCACUCUCGGGCCGCUUUAAAUGGUGUCUUUCAGGAACCCCAGUCCAGAAUAGAAUUGGCGAAUUCUUCUCGCUACUCCGCUUCCUCGAAGUUCGACCAUUCUCGGAGUACUUUUGCAAGAAGUGCCCAUGCUCUAUGCUGCACUGGGCGCUCUCUGACGAUCACAUGUGCAAAGAGUGCAAGCACACCGGCAUGGAGCACGUCUCGGUCUUCAACCAGGAACUGCUCAACCCUCUCACCCAGUCUGAGGAGGCCAAGGAUCGUUCAGAUGCUAUGGACAAGCUGCAGAUGAUCACCGCUCGCAUCAUGCUUCGCCGCGUGAAGCGUGACCAUGUUAGCACCAUGGAGCUGCCACCCAAGGAGGUCAUCGUUCACAACGAGUUCUUUGGCGAGAUUGAGCGCGACUUCUCCUCCAGCAUCAUGACCAAUACCGCGCGUCAGUUCGACACCUACGUCGCCCGCGGUGUCAUGCUCAACAACUAUGCCAACAUCUUCGGUCUCAUCAUGCAAAUGCGACAAGUCGCCAAUCACCCCGAUCUCCUGCUGAAGAAGCACAGUGCUGAAGGACAGAACGUGCUCGUGUGCAACAUCUGCGACGAGGUGGCCGAGGAAGCUAUCCGAUCACAGUGCAAACACGACUUCUGCCGGACGUGCGUGAAGAACUAUGUUCAGUCAGUUGAGGAGACAGGCGGAGAAGCAGACUGCCCGCGGUGCCACAUUCCCUUGUCCAUCGACUUCGACCAGCCGGACAUCGAGCAAGACGAGGAUGUGGUCAAGAAGUCCUCUAUCAUCAACCGCAUCAAGAUGGAAGAUUGGACCUCGUCCACCAAGAUCGAGAUGCUCAUCUACGACCUCUACAAGCUGCGCUCGAAGAAGCAGACCCUCAAAUCCAUCGUCUUCUCGCAAUUCACCUCCAUGCUGCAGUUGAUUGAGUGGCGUCUCCGCCGCGCCGGCUUCAACACAGUCAUGCUCGACGGCUCCAUGACUCCCAUUCAGCGCCAGCGAAGCAUCGAGCACUUCAUGACCAACCCCAACUGCGAGAUCUUUCUGGUGUCGCUGAAGGCCGGUGGUGUGGCGCUCAACCUGACGGAGGCUUCCAGAGUUUUCAUCGUCGACCCGUGGUGGAAUCCCGCCGCGGAGUGGCAGUCCGCCGAUCGCUGCCAUCGUAUCGGUCAGAGACGUCCUUGUGUCAUCACGAGGUUGUGUAUCGAGGAUUCGGUGGAGAGUCGUAUGGUCAUGCUGCAGGAGAAGAAGGCGAACAUGAUCAACGGCACGAUCAAUAAUGACAAGUCGUCGAUGGAGAAGCUUACGCCGGAGGACAUGCAGUUCUUAUUUCGCGGAACUUGA